AUGGGGGGAGCGAGUAGUAAGUUUAGGCAUGAGAGAAAUCCAGAGAGUUGUUUAGGGUUUGACUGGGGCGGAUUGGCAAGUCUUCAAAAAUUGAAAUUUUACUGUGGAAUAAAAAUUUCGGAGGUAUAUGAACAACAAAAAGAAUUGAUUUUGGUUGGAGAGAGAGUUGUGCUGGCAACUCUUGGUUUUGAUCUUAAUGUGCAUCAUCCAUAUAAACCCCUUGUUGAGGCAAUUAAGAAGUUCAAGGUUGCCCAGAAUGCUCUUGCCCAAGUUGCAUGGAAUUUUGUGAAUGAUGGGCUUCGGACGUCUCUAUGCUUGCAAUUUAUGCCCCACCACAUUGCAGCAGGUGCCAUUUUUCUUGCUGCAAAGUUCCUCAAGGUAAAGCUCCCAUCUGAUGGUGAGAAGGUCUGGUGGCAGGAGUUUGAUGUCACCCCACGCCAAUUGGAGGAGGUUAGUAAUCAAAUGUUAGAAUUGUAUGAACAAAAUAGAGUGCCACCUUCUCAAACUAGUGAAGUAGAAGGAAGUGCUGGAGAUACUCCACGGGCUCCCUCAAAAGCUCCUGCCGUCAAUGAUGAGCAGGUGACGAAUAAUAGUACUUCUCAGGGUGGGGGAGCUACUUCCAAAGUUGGAACUUUGAAGCCAACAUCAUCUCGGACAGUUCCUGAUCAGUCAUACACCAGUAAUCAUGCUGGGCCUUCAAGGGUAACUCAGAAUCGAAGUAAUGAGUACGGAAACACAGAGACAAAUGGCAUUUCAGGCCACAUGGGAGCCGGUGAGAUUAAUGACAAUCAUCAUCAUGAACCAGAGGCAUUACCUCACCAGGGAAACAUGGGGGCAGUCCAAAAUAUAUCUAGGUUUGAUUCUGAGGGUCAUGGUGAGGAAGAUCAAGAAAGGAUUGCUGGGAGAAUUGAGAUAAGGGAAGCAGGCGAGUUGAAGGACAAAUACCAUAGUCGAAGUCUGGAACAUAAAGAUGGUACACUUGGCCAGUCACCUCAAGAAGCUAUUAAGAAGAUUGACAAAGACAAGGUAAAGGCAGCACUUGAGAAACGAAGGAAGGCCCGUGGUGACAUGGCGCGGAAAACAGACUUCAUGGAUGAGGAUGAUCUCAUCGAGAGAGAACUUGAAGAUGGAAUCGAAUUGGCUGCUGAGAAUGAGAAAGUCAAGCCGGAAAGAAAGCCAAACUGGUCCAAAUCUUCAAACCGAACAGAUAAUGAACACACACAUACUGUGAAGCAUCAAGAUGAGGCUGGAGAUGGGCACCAAGGGAUGAAAGGGCAGUCAUCACGUGGGCAACAUUAUGACAAUGUGGAAGAGGGAGAACUGGAAGCGUUCGAUGAUGCUGACAGGGGACAUCGCUCACCAAAGUCCAGCAACCGCAAAAGGAAGGCUGGUAGCCCUGUGGACAAACCAAUGGAGGGAAAGCAGCGGCAUGAUUGUAUGCCAGGGUCCCACCACCGUAAUCGCCAUGACUUUGCAGAGGAUAAAAAACAGGUUGGGGAGGCUUGGUUACCCAGAAAGGGAUCAGAAAAGGCAUGCGCAGGAGAAUCAUGUAUGAAGUGCGUGUUCACUGCUUGCUGGAGCAUGUUUGGAACACACUUGAAUCUUCUACCUAUCGGUGUGAAGAGAGUGGUUUCAUAG